AUGACAACUUUAGAGCAUUCAGUGGUUAGUUCCAAGCUUUCUCUGCCUGAUACAUAUGAAUCAGCGGUUCUAGGUGGCACCUUUGACCGAUUGCACGAAGGCCAUCGUCUCUUUCUCAAGGCAGCAGCGGAUCUCACAAGGCAUAGAAUUGUGAUUGGAAUCUGUGACGAACCCAUGCUGACUAACAAACAAUUCGCGGAUUUGAUACAACCCAUUGAGGAUAGGAAGCAUACUGUUGAAAAUUACAUCAGGUCUAUCAAGCAAGAGCUGCUAGUGCAAGUUGAACCUCUUGUUGACCUGUAUGGCCCCCCAACAAUUGAUGAAACUCUGGAGGCAGUUGUUGUCAGCAAGGAGACUUUACCUGGUGCACUGUCUAUUAAUAAGAAGAGAGGUGAUAGAGGCCUCCACAAGUCACAACUUAAGAUUGAAGUUGUAGAUCGAGUGCCUGAAGCAUCUGAUGUGGAUAAGAUUAGUUCAACAACAUUAAGGAAGCUCAAGGCAGAGAAGGUUCUCCAAACAUGGGAAACAAGCCUGUGAAACAAGAAAGGGAAGAAAUCUUAUUGAAAGUUGUUCCUCCGUUGGAUCCUGCAUAUGUUAGGUGGCUUGCUCGAGAUCUUGAGAGAAUUCAUGGCUUCACCCCAGCAAACCCUCGUGCAGUGAAGCCCCGAGAUCAUUAUAUUGAGUACAUGCGCUUGAACGGCUGGUUGGAUGUGGACUUGGGUGAUCCUGAUCUGGCCCAUUUGUUGAAGUAGAUAUGAUGGUGUACUUGUCCAAGGAUUUGAAGGAGAAAGACGAAGAAUUUUCGUUUGAACCUACCAAGUAACAGCUGUUUAGUAAUUUGCAUUUUGGGAUUUGAGUAUAUACUAUGCAUUUGUGUGGUGCUAAGAGUUUUAUUCAAGAGUGCGGCUAUUGGGACCUCCAGAUUUGCUCAUUGUACCUCCCUGUCUCUUUACACCUCCUUUUUAUUUUUAAAAACAAGCAUUUGCUCAUUAGACCUUC